AUUUGCUACCUGAAAUGAUAAUCCGACGGGAGUUCGUAUCGGCAUGUCUACAGGAAACAGUACCAACAGCACCGUUUUGGCUGAGUGUACGACAUUAUCAUAAGAAGGGCUCAGCAUUUCUCGCACGGAAAACGGCCAGAGACACUAUUGUCAAAGGACGAGAGUCUCGGGAUAAGGUCAUCUUAGUUCCGCCCUACCUGGGUGCUUCAGAAUUGCGUUUGAUGUUGCCCAUAGAUUAUUCAGCAGCACUUAGUCUUUGUGGAGCCCGGCAGUACUUGAAAAAGUACUAUUGGAAUGACCACGAAGGACGAGAAUUCGAAACCACGAGCAAACGCAAAGUUAUCGUCCCGUUUGACAAUAUAGUUCGCUCAUUGUACAA